AUUUAUCCCCACACACCCACAUCAGUACAACAACAGUUGGGGCUUUCUCUCCUUCAUAUUUCUCGUUGAACAACUGUUUUACAGAGAAAUUGAAACUGGGUUUUGCUUUUUUACUUUCAAAGAUGAGCACAAGUUCUGUCAACAGCAUUCCAAAACUCAAGCUUCUGGACUUCUCUCUCAGGCUUUCUGUGAUCCCACUCAGUGUUGGAACCAUUUGGUUAACAGUGACCAAUCAACAGGAAAAUAGCAGCUAUGGGGAUUUAAAGUUCAUCAAUUUCAAUGGACUCAAAUACAUGGUGUGCAUCAGUGCCAUAUGUGGUGGAUAUGCUCUUCUUGCUGCUAUAGCCUCAUGGAUCAGAUGCUUAGUUUCCAAGGCUUGGUUUUUCUUCGUCUCUGACCAGAUUGUUGCCUACUUAAUCCUCACAUCUGGGGCAGCAGUGUCAGAGAUACUGUAUUUAGCCUACAAUGGAGAUAAGACAGUCACAUGGAGUGAAGCCUGCAAUUCAUAUGGGAAGUUCUGCUCUAGGAUGAAAGUGGCUUUGAUUCUCCAUGGCUUGGCUCUUUGUUGCUUUAUUGUUCUGUCUCUCAUAUCAGCUUUUAGAGCUUUCAGUGUGUUUCAGCCUCCUGUUUCUUCCAAAGAAGUGGAAGGAUAAAGGUCUGAGAUUGGGGGUUUGCAUUGUCAAACUAUGCUUUCAGCUCUAUAUAUGAAUGUGUGUUUUGAAUAGAUUUUAUGUAGUGAUAUUAAAUGCCGUUUUGAUCCAUCUUGAAGGGAUAAUGAAGUUGUUGUCUGUUUGUUGUUAAUGAUAAAACAGUUUGAGUCACUAUAAAUUGCAUUUUUUUGUGUGUA